AUGUCGCGCAUUAUUGCGAACCUCGCUUUUGUAGCCUCUCUCUUACAAUCAGCCUACGGUCAAAAUUCAUCUAACCCAAACUGUCUUCCGGUAGACGAUCAGACCUAUGACUACAUUGUGGUAGGAUCCGGCGCUGGCGGCAUGCCUGUCGCAGAGCGUUUAGCUGAAGCUGGCAACUCAGUCCUCAUGAUUGAGAGAGGCCCCCUUUCCAGCGGACGAUUUAAUGGCACCAUGAAGCCGGCAUGGCUUGAAGGCACCAAUCUCACUCGCUUCGACGUGCCGGGCCUGUUCAAUCAAAUCUGGAGAGAUCCAAAAGGCGUAGCGUGCGAUGACUACGAUGUAAUGGCAGGCUGCGUGCUCGGAGGUGGUACAGCGGUCAACUCGGCGCUCUACUGGAAGCCGCACCCCAGCGACUUCGAUGUCAACUUCCCAACUGGCUGGAAGAGCGCGGACAUGCAGAGUCUCAUCGCGAAAGUGUGGGAUUUGAUUCCUGGGACAAUCAAUCCUUCACGAGAUGGAAAGCUGUAUCUCCAACAAGGCUUCGAAACUGUAGCCAAAGGUCUGGAAGCUGCAGGCUUCAAGAAUGUGAUUCCGAAUGACCAUCCGGAUCAGAAGAAUCAUACCUUCGGACACAGCACGUUCUUUAUCGAGAACGCCGAGCGCCACGGACCUUUGGCAACAUACCUGGUCAUGGCCAUGGCGCGUGAGAAGUUCCAUCUCUGGACUAACACCAAUGUUAGGAGGGUCGUAAGAGAGGGCGGCCAUGUCACAGGUGUCGAAGUCGAAUGCUCUCAAGGAGGUGCUGUGGGUCAAGGAUAUUAUGGCAUUGUCAAGGUCAAGCCUACGACUGGUCGCGUGGUGUUGUCAGCAGGCACCAUGGGUACCCCAAAGAUUCUCUUCCGCAGCGGUAUUGGCCCAACAGAUCAGCUGCAGAUUGUCCAGAACUCGGCUACCGAUGGAGCCACGAUGAUUUCCUCUGACCAGUGGAUCAAUCUUCCCGUUGGUUACAACCUCGAUGACCACGUAGCGCCAAACCUUGGCCCGAUCUUCUGGCAGCAGAUCGAGGGAGCAGAUGGCAGAUAUCUCGGUACGGGCACCGUUUCUCGCGGUCGCAUGGGCAUCACCCCGACCCUUAGCACACGAGUACUCACGGCACCGUAUCUACGCGAUGCCAACGACAAAGCUGCGGUCGUCCAAUCUAUCGAUUACAUUCGAGGUGUCCUGAGCAAGGUCCAAGAUCUGACUUGGGUUGUCCCGGGGGUCAAUCAGACGACAUCGUCAUUCGUGAACUUGUUGCCAGCCACCACCGGUACUCGAGGAUCGAACCACUGGAUGGGCUCUUGCACAAUUGGCGAAGACGACGGACGCGCUGGAGGUAAAGCUGUCGUGGACCUCGACACCAAAGUAUACGGGACUGACAACUUGUUCGUCGUGGAUGCGUCUAUAUUCCCUGGAAUGACGACAGGUAAUCCAACGGGUGCGAUCAUGGUAGCUGCAGAGCGUGCUGCGCAGAAGAUUCUGGCUCUCAAGACGUCUGCAUAG